AUGAGAGACCGCAGCCAGCAGAGCCUCGGUGGACACGUCCUGUAUGUAGGGUUAUUCAGACAUCCAGGAAUGCUGCACAGGGCUAAGUACAGCCGAUUCAGGAAUGAUUCGAUAACAUCCCUAGAUGAAGGUACGCAAAAUACAUCUUUAAACAUCAAAGGUUCUUCUUCCUCUUCCCAUUCUUCAACGCCUAAUUUACUGACGGAAGAUGUCUCCUUGGGGUCACAGGACACCUGCACCACGCUGUGCACGCUGAUCCCCCGGAUGGCUAACAUUAAACUUGCCAACCCCUCCAAUCUGCCGGGGCUGAAAAGCUUCUGCCUGGGAACGAAAGAGGUGCCAAGAACUAAACUCACAGAGUGCGUUACCAUCCCGAGCAGCCCGACCUCGCCUGAGAUCAGCUGCGUCUCGGCCUCUUAUCCACAGCCUGACCUGGACAAGCUGGCCCUAACCCCAAAGCCCGUGGGCGACUGCGCCGUGCAGGGAGCUGAGGAGGCCGCUCCUGUGGGCAGGCAGGACAGGAACCUCGCGCCGAGUGCUGAAACCGUGGGGGAGCCGAGAACGACCUACGGUGUGCGGUACAUGGGCUGUAUUGAAGUGCUGCAGUCAAUGAGGUCCCUGGACUUUGGCACGCGAACACAAGUCACCAGGGAAGCAAUAAGCCGGUUGUGUGAAGCUGUAUCAGGUACAAAUGGAGCUAUAAAAAAGCGGAAGCCUCCAGUGAAGUUUCUGGCUUCUGUACUUGGCAAAAGUAACCUUCAGUUCUCUGGCGUGAAUAUAAAACUGACCAUUUCAACAAGCAGCCUCACUUUGGUUAAUGUUGACACGCAGCAGAUUAUUGCCAACCAUCACAUGCAGUCCAUCUCAUUUGCUUCGGGAGGUGACCCAGAUACAACAGACUAUGUUGCAUAUGUAGCAAAAGAUCCUGUUAAUCAGAGAGCAUGCCACAUACUGGAAUGCCCCAAUGGGAUGGCGCAGGAGGUGAUAAACACCAUAGGGCAGGCUUUCGAGCUCCGGUUCAAACAGUACCUGAAGAACCCAUCCAGCCUGGUUACGGCUAAUGAAAGUGAGGCAGCAAAUGCUAAUGGAUCAUCUGGGAAUUCACAGGAGAGGGAGGAUCAUGAAUAUUACAACGAAAUUGAGAUUCAGGGGAAAGAGCCUCCCACUGGUGGAGUGUUAGACAUGCGAAUGAAAGUGCAAACAGACCAAAGGGCUAACUGUCUUACACCGUGCAAAAAGCAGUAUUGCUUGACAGGCAGCCCGACAUUCAUCAAUAUAUAUGAAAAUUGCCCAGAAGAAAACAAAACUGUGGGUAAUUGUGGUGAAAGAUCACAGAAGACAAAAAAAGAGGCAACAUUAUUGAGGCCUGCCUACAAAACAGAUCUUUUUGAUGAUCCGUGUUACAUCAACACACAGACCCUGCAGUCUGCAGUCUGUACAGCCCGUGGUACGGCAACAACACAGAUCCAUGGGAGCCCACUGCGUCAGGCCAAGUUACCGGAAGCUGUUCACCAGAGUGCCACAAGCAACACAGCUGGUCUCUGUGUUCAGCCACAAAUAAAGCAACAGCUAAAGAAUGAAGAUUGUUACCAUGGCAAAUUAAACAGGAAAGCAGCAGAGAGCCUCUUAGUCAACGAUGGGGACUUUCUGGUGCGAGAGAGCACGACGUCACCUGGUCAGUAUGUCCUCAGUGGACUUCAGGGAGGGCAAGCAAAGCAUCUGCUCUUGGUGGAUCCUGAGGGCAAGGUGAGAACCAAAGACCAUAUAUUCGAUAGUGUGGGUCAUCUCAUUCAGUACCACAUGGAAAAUAAUUUGCCAAUCAUCUCUUCUGGAAGUGAAGUGAGCUUGAAGCAGCCUGUAAGGAAAGAGAGUAACGUGGGACACAUGCAAUAUCACAAAUAA